UCGGGUUCCGCUCUGUGGUCAGAUGGGGGGAGGAGGAGGAUGCUGCCUUCACCCCCCACCUCGUCUGCACAGUCACUUCCUCUGAGCGACAAUGGAAGAAAGAGAGGUGAAGAAAUAGAGAGAGAGCGAGAGAGAGGGAGGGAGGGAAGCCAUUUUGGUUCCUCGGCGGCUCCGUUUGCCUGCACUUUGCUGUCUUCUGUCUUUGAUCGUAAAGACUUCCAGAGAGACGGAGAUUUGACAUUUUCACAGGAAGGACUGGCGAGGGACGAGGCCUGUCUGUCAGAGUCGAACGGAGACGGUGGCGUCCAGCCGAAGAGGACGUCAGGACCAGGAAAAUAAAAGCGAGGCCGUCAGGGGGAAAGUGAAACUUGCUCCUGGUUUUCGUCCUCCACUCAGAUGCUGGUCCCUUUUCACUAGAGCACACGUCUUUGGUUUGCUGGACGGACGCGGUGUCUCUGAAAAGUGAGGAGGACGCAGGAUGAGCUCUGACAGGGUGCCGUCCAGGUGUGAGGUGAUGGGGUGGAGCCCCCAGCAGCUGGCAAACUACCUGAAGAGGAUGAAUCUGUCCGGCUGUGAUAAAGUCGUACUGAAAAACUCCAUCAGCGGCUCCAGAUUUGUGAAUCUGAGUGAUAACGACCUCCAGAAGUUCCCCACAUUUCACGCUCCGUUGAUCUCCAAAAUCAGCACUGAAAUCAGCAAGAAGGAGGAGAAAUGCGGCCUGUUCAGGAAGACCCCCAAAUAUCACGAACCAGACACGACUGCUGACGUUCAGGGUUGGGGUGAAGACGAGUUUGAUGACGAAGACUUUGAUGAUGACUAUGAGAGUCCGUACAGCGGUGACGAUCAGGGCAGCGGAGGAGAUUAUGAGUCCCCAAAUGAUGACCCUGACGGGGCCAACGAUUAUGAACCUCCUCCUUCCGAGCCUCCAGAGGACCUGGGCCACAAGCUGUGCCCCACGCUGCCCAUCGGGGACGGAGAUUACAUAGAUAACACACCAUCGAGAGGCCCGCCCCCUGCUGUGUGUCCCCGCCCACCAGUUCCCACCCUGUCUGCGCCGUCUCCACCCAUGCCUGGAGAGUCCCGCUCCUCCAGAAGAGACCACUCCCCCCACACUGCUGCCAGACCAUCAGGAAAACUUCCUCCGGAGCCUCCGCGGAUUUUUCGUGAUAACAAACCGGGCAAAGGAUCAGGAUCCAGCCGGUCUCCUAUCCGAGGAUCUCACCGUAACACAGUGGACAAGUCGGGCACACAUCCCUGGAAGUCUCAGCCGGACGUCCCUGAUCCUCCCACCUGGUCCAAACCUCCUGUUCCCUCUGCAUCCUCCAGCUCCAUCAGCAGGACCAACUCCUCAGCCAGACCUCCACCCGGCAGGUUUGAUGGGAGGAGGGAGCAAACACACGAUGAAGCUCCUAAACACAACACCUUCCCCUUCCACAAUAAAAGUCUUCCUCCCCGGCCUGGACUUCUCGAGCCCCCCUCACGUCAUGGCGACAGUCUGCCUCCCAACAUUCCCUCUGCAGGAUCUCUGCCUCACAGACUGCAGUCUGCCAUGGCGGAACAAAGAAGCAGCUUCAUGGGAUCAGACAGACCGUCAUUUCGUCCUCCUCCAUCCACAACAACACACACACAGGAGAUGGACCCUCGCUGGUAUGUGGGUAAAGUGACCCGAGGUCAGGCUGAAGGAUGUCUGAAACAAGUCCAAAAGGAUGGGGUGUACCUGGUGAGGGACAGCACCCGGCAACUGGCCAACCAGCCCUUCACCCUGAUGGUCUUCUACCAGGACAAAGUCUUCAACAUCCAGAUCAGGCAGCAGAACCAGCAGUUCCAGCUGGGAACUGGACUCAAAGCCCAGGAGUCUUUCCCGUCAGUUGCUGACAUCAUUGGCCAUUACUCCCAGUCUCCUCUGCUCCUCAUUGAUGCCAAAAACCGCAGCUCCGGCCAGCAGAACCAGUGUCGCCUCUCCGACCCGGUCGGAUACUACAUGAUGGGACAGAACUGGACCUGAAUCAGACCGGAUGGGACCUGAACCCGAGGGGAACCCGUCAGGCAGAAUGAAGCGUGUAAACAGCCGCUGUGGUAACCAUUUUGCCGUUAACUGGAAGAUUUUUUGCACAUGUUGCUUCAUUUGCUUCUCUUUGACUCUGACGGUUUCCAGAACCAAAACCAAAACGUUUUUAACUUUGACUUCGGACUUCCAGUACUUGAUGAAAUGAAACUCUUUAUUUCUGUAGUGUUUAGUUAAAGUUUAUUCCACAUUCAAACUCAGCACAUGUUCGUGGUUCUGUGUUCAGCUGAGCUAAAUAAAACCCACGUUUCACGAGUGUAUUUACGAUGUUCAUUGAGUCAUUAAAAGGGAAACGUCGGCUCCGA